AUGCACAAUGGUGAGUCGGCUGCAUUUAUCAAGAUGGCCCUGAUUCCGAAGCACUUUGGACUAAAAGACAAAGAAGAAUCUUAUGUGCGUAAAGAGCUUGAGAAAGUUCGUAAGGAGACCAGAACAGAAUUUCUUCGAUUCAAGCAGAGAUUGGCCUCCCAGCCCACUCUAGAGAAAGGCCUGUUCCGAAAUUCCCAACAGUUCUGCAGGCCAAGACCUAGGGAGAGGAAGCGCAUCUCCCACGUUAGUUUCCUACAGCCAUUUGAGUUCCCUUCUACUCAGGUCCCUAUGACUCCGGUUGCAGCCCUUCCCCAGGAGGCGCUCCAGGGCUCGCCUUCCCAGAGGGGCCUCAGGGAGUCAGUCAGCGCCCAGAGAAGAAGGCCUUUCUGCCCCCAGGACUUUUACAUGCGGAGCUCAGCUUUCCUCCGCUACCAGCUCCAGAAGAUCCCGCCCGCCAUCGCCCCGGGGGCGGGCACGUCAAAGCAGAUCGUCCUGCUGCCUGUGCGGGUCCCACCUCCCAAGGUUAGGAGGGUGUCAGGGAGCGCGCAGCACAGCGCCUCCAGUGUGGCCUUCGACCUGACCAGGGAGCACGACGCUGUCCCCGAGGUCAGCAGGUCCAGAGAGCACAGCAAAGCCGAGGCCUGGGCCCUGCUGAGGAAAUUAAAGAUUCUCACCCACACGUCGCGCAAGGGCAGGGCCAGCCUGGUGCAGGAGGUGACCCAAGCAGAUGUUCACAAAACCGACAUGAAGAGGGUGGAGAGUGUCUCCAAGAGACAGCUGGGACAGCUACGAGCACGCGCCAUCCCCACUACCAUAGAGGAGGUCAUCGCUUCGCUGCAUUCGGAGGCUGAGCGCGCCGCGGACCAGACCAUCAUAGAGCUCAUACAGAGUGUCCUGGGCCCCGACUUCGACAUUAAAGUGGAAGAUGUUUCCUUAAUGGGAAAAACGCAGUGGCCCAAAACAUCUCAGACACAAUUUGAAUGUGGAUUACAGAUAAGUGUUGAGGAACAGCAAACGGAAAGUCAGCUUGAAGAACUUCCUGAAACUACAUCAAGUAUUUUUCAGAUUGAACAAGAGGAUAUAUUAGACUGGGAAGCCUCAGAAGCAGAUAGCAUGAUACUUAAACAACAGGACGGUUUCAGAGUUCAUCCAACAGAAGAAUCACGUCAUACUCUUUUGGGAGAUGAAAAGCUCACCUAUUUUUCAAAAGCAGCCAAGCAAAUGUCUCGAAAGGUUUCAUCAUCAGAAUUCUUGCAAAUUAAAGGAAAAGAAAUGAAGCGAUUUAGAAAAAGUAAAUAUGGAUUUUACCAACGAAGAUUGGCGAAGUCUUUCAAAUUCUUAGGAGAUAAAAAAGUAACUAAAAGGUGA